AUGGAGACUGUUGUUGAAAAUCAAGAUUCGAGAGCCCUCCCUGAGGGAUGGGUGCAGAAUUAUGAACCAUCGUACUACGUCCAGAUGAAUGUCAUGCCGCCUAAAGUCAGCUUCACCCACCCUGCCGAUCUCGCACCGGCAGGCAAGCAAAAGUCGGCGUCGCCUUCGUCGUCCUUGGUGUCAGAGUCUCGCUCUGGGACCUCCGCUGCCCCAUCCCCCCACUCAUCCCCGGUCCCGCUGGCGAACGUAUCUCCUCAGCCCAAAGGACGUACCUCUGCGCAGGAGUUGUAUGCCAGUUAUUUGAACAAGACAAUGCCGCCGAUGAUCAACGCGUCCGGUCUGACCAGCCUGGCUGUGGCGUCCGGGACAUCGCAAGCACAGGUGCAAGCGCAGAUGGACGAGAGGCGAUUUAUGAGGACAUCCCCUCCUCCCGUGUCGUCUGUCAAUUGGGUGGGGCAAACUUCUGCAUCGCCGCCGUUACGCGCACCGAUUCCUCGGCCAGUCCCAGGGUCGAGACAGUUGCCUACGCCCCCUCAUUCCUCAGAUGAAUCUCCUGUAACAUCGCCGGCCCCAUAUCUGCAAACGAAUUCAAACACUUCGCCGAAUGUACAAACAACUUUUGGAAAUGUGUCUAUUAGGAAUGGUGCUAACGAUAAUACUUCCAAACCCACUUCCCCUUUACCCAAUGAUGCUAAUUAUCAGCUGCAUCGAGCUCAAUCUCUGCAGACAGGGUCUUCGGUGCCAGACCAUUUUCAACACGCGCACCAACGUUCACAGACCUUUGCUCCGGGGCAAACGCGACAAGUUGGGCAUAAUCCGAAUAAUGUGGUCAGUAAUGAGAUUCCUGUUAAUGGGUUGCGACAAACACCGGCCUUGGUCACACACGCUCGACUGCCUAGUCAAUCCCCUAGUUUUACGACGGUUGCCACAAAUCCUGUCGCGUCCACUGCACAGUCCCAACCCAAUCGAUCUCGCCAUUAUACAACUAUCGCCACAAAUCCAGUAGCAUUUGAGGCCCAACCUCAGGGCAACCAGUCUACCAAUUUUACCAACAUGGCCACAAACCACGUAAACCAAAUGGGCGCUUCACCGGGUGCGGUGUCUGUUGGUAAUACAGGGGUGCAAUCUCUCCCUACCAUCCCUUUUUCGCAGACAGCAAGAGCCAUGGGUCCACUGCCUUCCCCUCCGAUGUCCCCUCCGAAUAACACCUCUCCCACAUUCACUGGCACAACAUUUGCGAACCCUACAUUCAGUCCACAGAUCAAUUCAACCGUGGCUCGCCCAAAGAAUCAACUCACAAACAGCAUGGGUAAAAUUGCCACUAAAUUGGCGGUCGGGGCCGCUUCUGGUUUAAUAUCGCAAGCCACUGGUAUUCCCACAACAGUUGUGAGGUCUGUUUCAAAUAUAAUCACCGAUCCAAGAGUGACUGCCAUGUUCAAACGGGCGUUUUCGAGGCAGAAUGGACCUAUUGGAGACAACGAUUUACAAGCUGUUUUACAAGGACACCCCAAUGCGAACUAUCAAGGAGUUAUUGAUGCUUUGAUAAAGCAACAACAGGAGUUCAACACUAUACAGAUGCAGGCUAGUAUGGCGUAUAAGCCAAUUCCCCAGUCACCUGUCGAUUAUCCGGCGUUGAUUGCGGAGGUGCAGAGGUUGCAACAGCAGGCACGGGUACAAGCUCAGGCGGCACAGACUCAGGCUCAGAUCGCGGCUGCGCAGGCAGCUGCCUCGCAGAGCACGUUAAAUAGUCAAUAUCAGUCAAUUGCAAACCAGUUAACCCAACAAAUCGCCCAGCAGGGAAUUCAGGCAGUGGCUACGAAUCAGUCGGCGUAUUUACCACUCCUGCAGGCGUAUUUGGCAGCGCAGGGACAACAGUUGCCGGGUGGGGGGUUGCAGCAAGGACAACAGCAAAAUGUACCGCAGGCACAGUCUCAAUCGGCCACACAACAGCAAGUUCAAGUUCAUGGUGCACCUCAACAACAACAGGCAGGUCAGCAGCAAACCCAGGCCGCUAACGGCACAAUUCAGCCGCAACAGCAUCAGUCUCCGAACACAUUUGUUGCCAAUGUACCUCAGAAGCCUGUUCAGCAUUUGUCCGUCACUGGUGGGACUUCGUUUGCUCCCGGAAGACCGACUGCCAUUGGAGGAGGGCAAACUGCGGUAUCCUCUGGGGGGCAGAGCCACCCACCUGGUGUACAGAUACAUGCACCUGUUAAUCAACUCGCUGGCGGACAACCGCAGACCUCUGGAGUUCCGCCCCACGUUUCUGCAGGUCAAAUUCACUCCGGUGCGCAUACGUCUCAGAGCGCUGGGCAACAUCCUUCGAAUAACGGCCACCAGCAGCAAAAUUCUCCCGCCGGUGGUCAACCUCAGACCAGCCCCACCCAGCAGAACAAUGGGGGUCAAGGUGAAAACCCGUAUACGAAACUGUAUGACCAGAUCCAGGACGUGUACCAGCAAGUUCAGCAGCAGCAGCAGCAGCAACAACAACCAUCUUAUACUGACAUGUCCAACUCGCUUUAUAAUGGUGGAGUACAACAAAGUCCGCAACAACAACCGUCGUUCACUGAUAUGAUUAACUCUGCAUUCAAUGGGAAUGCACAACAAUCGCAGCAGCAGCCCUCUUUUACGGAUAUGAUCAACUCUACCUUGAAUGGGGGACAACAACAGCCACCAUUGCCCGAUAUGCUAAACUCUGUCCUUAAUGGAAAUGGUCAACUACAGCAACCCUCACUGACAGAUAUGAUUAACUCUGCUUUCAACAACGGCGGACAGCAGCCAUCCUUCACCGACUAUUUGAAUUCAGCUUUGAACGGAGGUUCAGCUUCUACUCUUCCGGUAUAUGAUACUUCGCUCCUGUACAACGACCCAUCAUCCGGUGGAAGCAGCAGUGGAAUAAUGGACAAUCUUGUCCAGUCCUUCGCAAAUACCUCUCUAGGGGGAAAUGGCUCUUUGCAGACUGAUACUUCGGGUUUGAACGGGUUUGUCAAUGGUCUUACCCAGGGCUUUUCGACUGAUCAGACAGACCCUUCUGCCUUCAGUGCUGGUUUUGACCUUGGGUCGCUUGGAGAUAGCAUUGCAUCUAGUAUCACCAAUUCCUGGUCAGAUUCUUCAUGA